CCAUGUGGUGGAUGCAGUUGGAAAUCCAUUCAUUCCUUCGUCCCCCACCUCUCGCUUCAUCUCCAUCUCCUCCUCAUGCUGCUGCUGCCACUGCCACUAUAAUAGCCCAGCUAGCUAGAGGUCACCCAUCAAGCUGCCCAUUCCCUCGUGACAGCAGCUGCCUGCCUGCUCCGAGGCGCCACCCAGCUCUUCCUCGCCCCAGCAGCCGCUUCCCGAGAUCCUUUUCACUUUCACCACCAGGGUACAUAGACCGCAUCUGCGGUGCUCUGCGCUCCUCGGACUCGAUUUGUUGGUUCAUCCAUCCAGCUGCCGCCGGACGUCGAUCAGCUACCUAUCUUGGCUAGCUUGGCUGUUCUCUCUGCAGGCAGUUGCCAUCGUGUCUGAUCAUACUAAUAUUCUGUCCAGAUCCCAAGGAGGCAAAGUGAAACCACAGGACCGAGCGUGGAAACUCCCGGACCGGACAUUCCAUUUUCCAUUCCGAAGGGGGGGUGAGAAGGCGGGGAAUGAGUACAACCAAGGUGAAGAGACGUGUGGGCAAGUAUGAGCUCGGCCGGACCAUAGGCGAGGGCACCUUCGCGAAGGUCAGGUUCGCGAGGGACACGGUCACCGGCGAGGCCGUGGCCAUUAAGAUCCUGGACAAGGAGAAGGUCCUCAGGCACAAGAUGGUUGAGCAGAUCAAGCGGGAGAUCUCGACGAUGAAGCUGAUCAAGCACCCUAACGUCGUCCGCAUAUACGAGGUGAUGGGAAGUAAAACAAAGAUCUACAUUGUGUUAGAAUUCGCUACCGGUGGCGAGCUCUUUGAUACAAUUGUUAACCAUGGUCGAAUGAGGGAAGACGAGGCAAGGAGGUACUUCCAACAGUUAAUCAAUGCAGUUGAUUAUUGUCAUAGCAGGGGUGUGUACCACCGGGAUUUAAAACCUGAAAAUUUGCUGCUUGAUUCAUAUGGUAACCUGAAGGUCUCUGACUUUGGGCUCAGCGCGCUAUCUCAGCAAAUCAAGGAUGAUGGACUGCUGCACACAACUUGUGGGACUCCAAACUAUGUUGCACCAGAGGUCCUUGAAGAUCAAGGCUACGAUGGAGCAAUGGCUGAUCUGUGGUCAUGUGGAGUUAUCCUGUUUGUUCUGCUAGCAGGGUAUUUGCCGUUUGAGGAUUCUAAUCUCAUGACUUUGUAUAAGAAAAUAUCAAAUGCAGAAUUUACAUUUCCACCAUGGACAUCUUUUCCUGCCAAGAGGUUGUUAACAAGAAUCCUUGAUCCAAAUCCAAUGACGAGAAUAACAAUCCCAGAAAUAUUAGAGGAUGAGUGGUUCAAAAAGGGCUACAAGCGCCCAGAAUUUGAUGAACAAUAUGACACCACAUUGGAUGAUGUGGAUGCCGUCUUCAAUGAUUCAGAAGAGCACCAUGUGACAGAAAAGAAAGAAGAAGAACCAGUAGCUCUGAACGCAUUCGAACUGAUUUCGAUGUCAGCGGGCCUAAACCUUGGAAACUUAUUUGACUCAGAGCAGGAGUUCAAAAGAGAAACAAGGUUUACAUCAAAAUGUCCCCCCAAAGAAAUUGUCCGCAAGAUCGAGGAAGCUGCAAAACCUCUAGGAUUUGAUGUUCAGAAGAAAAAUUACAAGUUGAGGCUCGAAAAGGUAAAGGCAGGGAGGAAGGGAAACCUCAACGUUGCUACUGAGAUACUGCAAGUUGCGCCCUCUCUCCACAUGGUAGAAGUCCGAAAAGCAAAGGGUGACACUCUGGAAUUUCAUAAGUUCUACAAGAACCUUUCCAAGACCUUGAAGGACGUCGUCUGGAAAUCCGACGAUCUUCAAACGCAACAUGCUUCUUAGCAGAACCUCAGAGAGGAGGAAUGGCAAACUAUUUUGUGCACCAUCCUUUCAAGCAAACUAUUCUGCAUGUAACGGUGGGUGCCCAGGAAAUUGCGCUGGUGCUCCACCAUCGUUGUAUAUGCUGCGUCUUGAGUUGCUUGCUGUAGCUGAAGGGAAGUUCAUUCAGUAGGUUUUGAGUAUGAGUUUUGUAUAUCCGUAUAUGCCUAUGACUAUGAGCCGUGCUGGAACACUAUGAUCAGAAACUGCGAAAUGGAGCCCAGAAUGUUCUUGCCAUCUUGCUCCAGUUCUCAGCACCGGGCUUAACUUGCCUUGCAUUUUUUGAAGAAGAAAAAUGGACUACUGAAUUGGGAACUCGUAUUA